AUGCUGAACAAGAGAGCCAUUGUUGCGGUGUGAGAUGGGUGUGUUCCUCUUCGACUGCCUUCUCCACUAGUCAGCAUGCAAGCUCGCACUGGUCGUCGAGACUGGGGGCCUGGGGGCUGCUUUGCGCGCUUUUUGUCCACUUCCUCCUUCCCCCUGAAGCCCCUGCUGCUUCGAAGCCCCUGCUGCUGGUACUGCUGGUGCUGUUGGCUGUUGUGAGCUCCGGUCCGGGAGUCUUUCAGCCACACACAAGCCUUAUCAGCAGGUCUCUCCCUCCUUUGAGGGACCGCAGCUCCAUAAGCGAGAGUGACCCUGCUGUGGCCCUGAACCUAGUCGUCAGACUGCCACGGGCCUCUGCAGCAAGCGUCACAGGUAAACACCGUAGCCAUGCAUAGGGGUGAGAAACGCCCUGUGCUGUUGUCAGGCGAGCGUCGUCGUCAAAGGGUGGCAAUACGCCGGUGAGCCAUUCGCAGAUGAGGCCUGAUGUCGGCAUUUCACCGCUUGAAGUGUCCUUUCUGUUUGUAUGUCAGCUAGGGGUGGUUCCAGAAGAACAGCUGCAAAUGGCGCCCGCAGAAGUGGGGACAUGGCAGGGCGUCGGCCAGGGAUAUGAGCCGCAAAAGCAGCCAGGGCACAACGCAGAGGGCACCAUCAAGUACAACCCCACACCCGACUACACCAUCGUCAUCGAUGCCCUUCUCAAGGAGAAAUAUCGGAGCCAGAAGACCCACGAGUGGGCGGACUGGAUUGAGCACGCUCCCAAAGACACCCCGCCUGAAGAAGUGAAGGAGGGCCUCCACCUACUUGCCGAUAUUCUGCUCGCCCAGCCCGUCCCCACCCCUCCUGCAUCACGGCCGCCCUCACGCAGAGCCAGCCGGCCGCACACGGCAACGGGUUUGCGCGAGGACAUUACCAAGGCGAUUGAGGAGAGGUAUGGAGGGCCGGCGGAUUCGGAGGCGGAGCAGGCGGCCCGUAGGAGGUGGGGGGAGAUGACGAAGCUCAAGACGACAUACCGGCAGGCCUAUGGGACGGACAAGAGCAACCCCGCGAUGGCCAAGAUGAAGAUGCACCCACUGCACCACAUGCAGGCCGACGAGGUGGGUGGGAGGGAGGGGAGGGGGGAGAGGCAGUGGAUGCUUGCUCUUCUGUACGUGUGUGUGUUGCAGUUGAGCUGCUACGACAUUCUUAAUCCGGAGGCGCUGCACAUGAUUGAGAAAUGGAGGCGCAAAGCGAACGACAACGACAUGGUUGGGAGACAGACACUCUGUUCCUCUCCAUGAAUCCACCGCCGACAGCCCAGCCCCUCCCUUGUUUGCUCUGCUCCCUGGUUGUGUCAGGCAAAGGUGACGACGGCUCUCCAUGCCCUCUCAGGCGUCCUGCAGGAGCCGCCCAGACGGUGGCAGUCGCAAUACAAACAGGUAGGUCAGUCAGACAGACACCACCCACCCCAAAUCACACAGCACAUGCCUGUGUCUCCAUUCGUGUGGCUGCCUGCCUAUGUUAUGUUGUCAGAACUAUGUGCACGACCACCGUCACAACCGCGUGUCGACGAUGGCAGCGGACCACAUCAAGGACAACGCGCAGUUCUCCACCCUCCCUGUCGGCACCCUCCUCUCCACCCUCAACAGCAUUCACAGAGACAAGACGCUGGCCAGACGCGCCAGGGAAGACGCAGUCCGGAAAAGGACCAACAUGAACACAGGUACGUACGGGAAGCGUCGCAUUCACGGGCAUCCAUCCAUCCAUCCAUCCGGCCGUCUGUGUCGAUCUGUGUCGAUCCCAGAUGAGUUCGAUCGCCGUAUGAGGCCGCAAACAGCCGCCCCGAGGUCCGCGUCGGCCUCUCCUGCCGUCAAUGAGGAAACUGCAGCAGAGCAGCCCGCAGACAAAAGGCGGCGCGCCAUGACACGGCCGACCUCCCCAGAGCCGGGCGUGGGGCGGCGUGAAGAAGACCAUCACCAUCAGGGAGAAGAAGAGAUGGUGCCUGCGGACCAGCGCAGCGACUACGUGACGUCGCACCCCUCUCUCGAAACCACUGAUGCCAUCCGCACACUGAAGCGGACGUACAAGCACCCUCUCUUUGGCUAUACAUUCCCUGUGCCCCUCGGCGGUCGUGAGGGGUGUCUCAUGCCCGGCGCCGCAACCACCUACAGCCAUUUCGACCAGUUCACGCCCACCUCGACGGUCCUGGCGCAGUGGCUCAAGCUGCACAACAAACAGCCGCUGCCGAGACCCGAGCCGCACUCCAUCGUCGACACAUACAAGACCUUUUCCGUCAAGGAAUGCGCUGGCCCGCCCCCAGCCGAGCUGGCCUUCUUCCCCACCACCCCAUUCGACUACUCCACCCACCCCUGGGUGAAGUCCACCCACAAACGGCCUCUCAGCGCCCCGCCCAUCCGCGCCAACCCGCCCCUUCUCUCGUCAGAGCCCGUGGUCAUGUUCAAACAACUCGUGGAGAGGGACAGGCGCGCAGAGGAGGCCAGGCGAAAGCAGACCUGGCAGACCGUCUUAGGCAAGAUGGAGGGGCUCAAGAGGGAGGAGAGGCGACAGAGGCGCACACGGAGGGAUAGAGGCGGGCCGGGGAGCGGGGGGCGGCCGUACACAGCCGGCUCGGGGCGGUCUGUUAGCAGCGGCACGUCGGCCCGGGGCCAUGCCUAUAAGGGGUAUUACCACUAUGUGCAGCCGGAAUUGUCGGUGAGUGGCCAGAUGCCGCGGUAUCGCUACGGCAACCCGAGGGCACCCAAUGGACAGUGGGGGGCCCCGGUGGAGGCCCUCGCGCCGACGGACGAUCGACGAGACAGAUGGGCGGCCGCCAACCUCACGUAAGUCAGGCAGACAAAGGGGGGCCCUUGCUGUCUGGUGAAUGCGGCACAUUGGCUCUUCUGUCUGUGUGUUGUCAGGUAUGAGUCUGCCCUUUGGCAGCCUCCAAGCAAGUUCUACAAGUCGCAGGGAUUCUACAGUAUGGCGACGUGCACCAAUCUAUCUCUUGACCCUCCCUUGCUCCCUCGCUCCCUUCCUCCAUGGCUGUUUGUUUCUGUGUGUGUGUUUCGUUGAGGCGGCUGGCCUUUGCGUACCAAGAGCACAUACGCUGAGACAUACCACAGACAGGCUGUGGCUCCACAGGUGGGUGGGGUGGGAACUUAAGACAGACACCAAGGGAGAUGGUUGACGUGCGUCACCUCCUCGUGUGGUGUAUGGCUGCAUUCAGUACUCGUCGAUGCCGAUAACGCAGCUGGCCAAAAGGAAGGGCGCCACCAUCAGCCAGCCUGGCCUACCUAUCUCUCCCGACCCCGCCACCCUUCGUCGGUCCCAACGAAAGCUCGAAACGUGACCACACACACGCACGCACACACGGAGGCAGACAACACACAUAGCCCCGACGUCCCGAUCUGUGUGUGUGUCUCUGUGGCUGUGGGAUCAACCAGCCUGUUCGCCUCCGGCCCGGCUCACCCCGGCUCCCGCGUGUCUCCCGAGUCCCACCUGCUCAUGUACAACAGGGCAAGGCAGCCGUCAAGGGCCGCCUCGCGUGCCGAUGGCGUCACUCAACGGUCGUGUGUGAGCGAGGGGGGAGGGGGGAGGAAGAUGACGCUGAGGGAUGCUGUUGGGAGGCGACAGUGAGGGGGUGGACGAGAGGGCUGGGGUAAGAGGGGGAUUUGUUGUCUGCUGUCGGUUGUCUGUCUGACUGCCUGUUUGCCCGCGUGCAUGCCGCUGCUGGUUGGUUGGGUGUAUGUAUGUAUGUGAAUUGGUUGGUCGUCGGCUGGCUGCUGCCGGCCUGCACUGCACGUGACACGUGUGUGCUGUCGUGUGCGUGUUGCGGAUAGACAAUGAUCUUUGAUUGCGGUGGAGAACGCAGGACACGGAUGCGCCCACCCCUCGAUCUUUCCUCUCUCUCGACAGCUCAGAUUGCAC